AUGACCGCUCCAGAAUUGCAAGCCCGCCUCGCCACUCUACCACGUGCAGACGGCUCGGCCACGUACAGCCAUGGCGGAUACACCGUCACCGCCUCGGCCAACGGUCCCAUCGAGGCCCAGAGACGAGACGAGGAUCCCGAUGCUGCCAAUAUCGACGUGGUCGUACGACCGGCUGCUGGCGUUGGAGGUCCCAGCGAGCGCAACCACGAACUGAUUCUGCAGAAGACGCUGCAGGACAUUGUUCUUGUGCAGGAGUUUCCUCGGUGUACCAUCCAGGUUGUCCUGCAGAUUCAGUCGGCGCCCGAAAACGACUAUGCCAACACAAAGCUCAACCAACCCGGCCUGGCAGCCGUCCUGGCCCUGCUAUCUGCCAGCAUUCCCAUGCGCACCAUAGCCACAGCAGCUGCCGUGGCCAUUAUGCCUGGGUCAAUCAUCAGCAGUCCGUCGCCACGGGACGCAGCAGCGGCACAGUCUCUGCACGUGUUUGCCUUUUCCGGUCAGGAUGACAAGCUUCUUCUGGCCGAGAGCGAAGGCGCAUUCACCAUGGAGGAGUGGGACAACGCGCGGACAACUGCCGGGAAGAUCUGCUGCGGACUGCGUGCCGGUAUAUCUGGUUCAAGCGACAAGGCACUGGACGAGGAACACGGCACAGAAGCGACCGUGAGCAUGCACGACUUUGUUCGGUCGACCGUGGUGCACAGAGCCGAAGAUGUUCUCCAGUGGAAGCUGGAUCGGAAGUGA